UGGCUUCUUCCUCAGAGGCGCAAAUCAAGAGUGAGAUUGAGAGAUUGACAGGAACGAUCAACCAGCACAAGGCGCAGAAAAACAAGACCUGGAAUUCCGGAUACGGAUACAGCAGCGGCCCCCACUCGUACGGCGGCCACCACUCAGGCUCGGUGUAUCAUCAAGGCGGACCCCCUACACGGACCAACAGCUAUGUCAACCCCAAUUAUCGGCCGGCGAACAAGUAUGUGCGCCCAGGUUCAAAUCCGAGUUCUACUCCUGUUUCGAUGUCAGCCUCCACGGCUGCUUCGACUUCGACUUCGACUUCGACAGCAACGGCAACGGCAACGAUGGCUGCUACCAGCACCGGCACAGCCGUCGCGGGCUCCUUGAUAGCUACGGGCGGUUCGCCUGCUAUUCCGCCUGCUAUUCCGCCUGCUCGGCCGACUUCUGCCCCUAGUGGGCCGAAGAAGGAAGUCGUUUUAGGUGGAGUGGCGUUUGAAUCGUCCAGGCGCUCACUUGUAAGAAAAGACCGACCGAAACCCUUGAAACCAAUAUCUAGUGGACCUCCGGCACCGACUUCAGUACGACCGCAUCCUUAUGCCCGCAAGCCAGGUCAUGUACCCCUUGCGAGAGCUUUCAAGUUGAAGGCUCGCCGCGGGAGGAAUAUGACCCUUGAUAAUACCCGGAGACCUUAUCAGUCGAAGAGAACGACAAGCAAGCGAGUCAAUAAGUACAUUGAUAAGCCUUGUCCGAGAUUUACGACAACAGGUGCAUGUAGUCGCGGACUUACGUGCCCGUAUCAACACGACCCUUCGAAAAUCGCCAUAUGCUGGAGCUUCCUACAGGACAACUGCUCGAAUACCGCCGAGACGUGCAACCUGUCGCAUGAUCCUACGCCGGAGAGGACACCACUCUGCGUGCACUUCCUGAACAAGGGACGUUGUACACGGCAGAAAUGCCCGUUCCCACAUGUAAAUGUGGGUCCUCGGCAGGGUGUGUGCCGUGACUUUGCGGUGCUGGGCUACUGCGAUCGUGGACUCGAGUGUGAACACCAGCACGUCCGAGAAUGCCCCGACUUUGCAGAGAAGGGUACUUGCGAGACGAGAGGAUGCAAGUUGCCUCAUGUGAUCAGGGCAAAUCGGAACAGGAAAGUUGCUGCUCCUACGCUGUCGUCUUCUGUCAAAGGUGACGACAAGAAGGAUACUUCGAUUGUGCCCGCAACUGGAGGUGACGCAGUGAUGUUGACAGCUGAAGAUGGGCAGCUUGGAGAUGAGUAUAUUUCACUGACCUUCAAGGAGAGCGACAGCGAGGAAGAGUCGGAUGAGGACGAAUCUAUGGAUGAAGAUGAAGGAGAAAGCGGUAGCGAAGAUGGUGACGAGGAUGAGAGUAUGCUACAGGUGCAUACGUAGA